AUGAUGUUCCAGUUCGUCAACGAUGAAGAUCCCAUCGCUGCACACAUGAGUGUGAUGGUAAUGGUCGAGCUCUACCGUAAGGGUGCGUGGCAAGAUAGGAAAACGGUUAAUGUCAUGGCUGCUGCAUGUCUCUCUCCGCAUAUGAAGGUGGUUGUGGCAGCUCUGCAGUUCUUCUUGGGUAUAGAUAACCAACUUAUCAUGGACCGAGAGGAAGAGAAGGGCGGUGACGAUGGCCACGAAGAGUUGGUAGCGGCGCAAAUGGCCCAACGCGUGGGCAAGAAGACCAAGAGCAAAGCGCGACAGGUUGACAGAGUUAGACACGCCGUGAAGAAGGAGAAUAGGCGCCAGGGCGCAGAUGAUGUGGGGACAGCGAACUUCUCCGCACUUCAUCUGAUCAACGACCCGCAAGGGCUUGCUGAGAAACUCUUCACUAAUCUCAAGAAGUAUGUAGCUUGCACGCAUACGCUGAUAUGGUGGUGUGUACUACUGGCGUGUCACGAGAUAGUACCCCCCGACACAGUGGAACAGAUGAUCACAGCCCUGGCCAACAACUUUGUCACUGAGCGUUGCUCAUCUGAGGUAAUGACGGUGGGCUUGAAUAGUAUCCGAGGUAUGUGUACACGUUCACCCCUGGCCAUGAGUUCGACGCUGAUGAGUGAUUUAGCCGAGUACAAGAGUUAUAAAGACAAGAGUGUGAUGAUGGCAGCCCGAGCGCUUAUUGGACUGUUCCGAGAUAUCAACCCAGAGGUUCUACCUAAGAAGGACAGAGGUUUUGCAGCGAGUACGGAGGGCUACACAGCCGCCAAUUAUGGCGAAACACGUGUGGCCGAUCAUGUGCCCGGUGCGGAGUAUCUGAAACAACCAGGAGACGAGAGCAGUGAUGAAGAGCCUGAAGAAGAUGGGUGGGAUAGCGACGACAGCUUUGAGAAUGGAGAUAUUGAGGGAGAUUGGGUCAAGGUGCAUGAUGGCGAUGAUCGACCAAUUGAUGAUGGCGAGAAGAAAGCUCCCAUGACACAAGAGGAGAUGGUGGCUUCAAGAGAUGCUGCGAAAUUGGCGAGUGUUAGUCGAGUUUUCACGGAAGAUGAUUUCAAGAGAAUUAAAAGGGGCAAGGUUGAAGCGGCUAUGCUGGGCAAUAAUAGCAAACGAAAACGUGGAGCGGAAGAUACGAGCAACUUCAGGAGACACGAUGAGAUUGUCGACGUUAAUGACAUCGAGAAACUCAGUAAGCGACAGAAAAUGGACAAGGAAGCGCGACGCGAGACCGUGUUGGAGGGCAGAGUUGAUAGAGAGAAGUAUAUGUCCAAGCGUGCUAGACGUAAGGCUAUUGGUGAGGUGGGUAUGACUCAGAAAGAGAACUCCAAGAAGAAGAAUUUCCUCAUGGUCAGCAGGAGUUUCGCAGUGCACAGCAAGAAGACUAUCAAACAAGUCGAGAAGAUCCGACAGAACCGAGCCAGUCGGAAAAAGAACAGCAAAAUGAUGCGCAAAUAG